AGUCUCCUGAAGACAGUUGAUGGAGCACAUUUGGAGUGUGUCAUAAAAAACCACCCCGCACUGGUUUCCAUGAUGCACCUCCUUCCAGAGAAUGUGCUUGUAUCUGGAGAUGAGAACAUUCCCGGGCUUGCAGCUUCUCCAACAGGAGAUGCUCUGCUGAGGCCUCAGCUGCUCAAGAUGCUGCCCUUCUCUCUGAACAGACUGACCAUCAACCUCCAGCCGUCCCUGGAGAAGUUUGAGAGCCAGCUGCUGCAGCUGAUCAAUGCUGACUGCCAUAACACAAAACAGCCAGGACCAGAAGGUACACUGAGGACGGUUGUCAUCCAGGAAAGGAGGCUCCACGUCGGAGUCCACAAUGGCUGGUGUUUCCUUGACAAUCCCCAAGUGGUGGUACUGGAGCCCCUUGCUUCGGGGACCAGAGGCCGAGCAGACAGCAUCUCCAAACAGAGCACCCUUGUCAAGGACAGCGCAGCAACAUCAUCCCUCCCUCAGACGCUGGGCCUUCGCAGCAGCUUGGAGCUCAGGCUGACCAAUCAUCGAGCUGUGGCAAUCGUCUUCCAGCUGGAGUGGGUCUUCUCUGCUCCAAUUGGUCGAGAGACGAUGCUGUCUACCACAUCCACAUCCCGAGCGGCCUUCUUGCAAUGCCUUCGUUGGGGGAUUUGGUGCCCCUUUCAGGAGCCAGCUGACUGGAAGUGGAAAGAGGUACAGCUUGUUCUGCAAGGAGGUGCAAAGCCAAACCCUCAUGGAGUCAUGGUCUAUAGCACAGAGAUGUCUGCCAAAACUCAGAGCCCUGCGCCACUCUCAGCUCAAGGCACAGCUCAGGUCUCGGAGGCGAAGGAUAUAAUAUCGUUUCGGCUGUCGUCCAGUCUGGAGAGGAAGGCCUCCAGCCCAAAGGCAUCUCUGAGGACAAAGCAGGAGGAUGUGUCAAGUCGGAGAAGAUCACCUUCCUCGCCUUCACAGGGUCAGAAAUACAUUCCACCGGCUUCUCCUCCGGAAUCUCCUCAAGGCCCCGGGCUCUCACUGUCUCAGCUGGCAGUUACUUCACGCUACCCAACCAUCAGCCACUCCAGCUCGGCGUUGCCGUGGCAACAGCCGUUUCCUUCUCUGCUCCAUCCUUCCCCGUUGGCAUCGGCCCACCAGCUGUCACAUGUCGCCUACACAGGUGUCAGCAACAUCGCCCAUCUGGAAGUGGACCUUCAGCGGGGAGGGGAUGCGUCACCUUCAGCUCAGGAGGAAGGAGAUCAACUUCAGGAGCUGCCCUUCACUCCUGUCCAUGCCCCUGUCAUCACCCUGGGCAUGAAUGUGCCAAGGUCCUGCUCAGUCAGCUCCAGGAGCUCAUUGGCCCACCUCUAUUCUGCUGGCUUCCCAGACAUCGUGGACUGCAAUGGGCAGGUGGCAGAAGUCCUGGACCCCACAGAGCCUGUGCCCUUUGACCCCCAGCGUGAAGAGACUGACCUUCUACAGAGUAACCUGCUGGUGUUCCAGUUUCUGGCGUUUACCAGGAUACCAACAGCGGGUGUCGGCCCGGAUUGGCCUGACAACAUCUACUUCACCUUCCAGUUCUAUCGCUUUCCACCAGUCACAUCGCAGCAGCUCAAACUGCUGACCAGUGACAAGGUUCAACAGAAAGCUAGCGAUCCACUUCCCUGUGUCUUGGCCUCCAUCAACAAAGACGGCACUGUCAACUCUGGCUCUCCUGGUCUACAGGUCCAGUUCAAAGUAGAUAAGGGUUUCCUGAGGCCUGGCGAGAAGCGCUGGUUUCUGCGCUACCUGGCCCUGCACACCAUGCACAUCGACAUCUGGGACAGCGACUCGUUGCUCCUCAUAGGUUCUACUGCCAUCGAGCUCAAGUACAUGUUGCGUCAGGGUAAAUCGGCAGUGCAGGCCCUUCAUGAGGUGGAGGUGCUGACCACCGAUUACGUGGGAGAGGACACCCUGCUGACGAGCGCAGAUUCAGGUCGACGGUCAGCCUUCAGCCCCGUGACGGUCCACACCAUUAUCAGGGGCCGGUUGUACAUCCGCACCGGCAACAUAGGGUGCCCAGUAGAUCCUAGCAGGAGGAGGGCAGCAGAUGUGAUGCCGCCUCAUUCUCACAUCAUCACACCUCGCGAAGUCACAGGUGGCUUCAGAGGAGGAAGCCUGUCCUCAAGAAACAUACUCCAACUCAAUGCGAGGAACACUGCACAAGCGCACAAACGGGAGACUGAUGGGGAUCACAUGCCACCGUUCAGACGCGGGGUCAGAGCUGGCACCAUUAUCCCUGGAGAGCACAACCUAAACGAGGUCGAAGGUGGGCGCCGCAAGCUCAGCUGCAUGGCUGCCGUGCAUCAGCGGGAGGGCAAGGAAGAUGCUAAAGCGGCUAAGGUCACGGAUCGGACAAAGGUAGACCAAUUUACUAGAGAACUUCAUCAGAUCAAACCCAGUGAAGAGCGCAGCAAGGCAGAGGGCAUUGCCAAUAUGCUAAGCCAGGCCAUCACCACUCAGCACCUGCUCUACCCCAGCCUGGGCACUGCUGAGUACAUGGAGUUUGUCCUUAAAAAUCCUUUUAAUGUGCCUCAGACCGUCACCAUUCACAGUGAUGACCCUGAACUCAGCGUCAUCACUAACACAGAUGAGUGGCGUUACUUCAAAGCACUAACCAAAACCACGACCCCAUUGGAGGAGAACAUGUUCCACUUGGAGGAAGGUGCUCCCAGGGUUUACCUCAGACCCAAGGAGAGCAUCCAUAUUCCCCUGAAAUAUCAGAGUUUCCUCUGCGACUACACCAUGGCUCUCCAGGGACCAAGCUUCCUACCUACAGGCAAAGGUUCUCAGGUGGCCAAGAAGAAUCUGUCCAAUAUUGUUGCUGCCAAGACUAUCAAGGUUACAUUCAAAGCAGAAGACGGCAAGCCGAUGGCCAUCUGCCAGGUGAACGUGGAGGCGACACCUCACAUUGUCGACCAGACUUUCCGGCUUUACCACCCUGAGCUCUGUUUCCUCAAGAAAGCCAUCCGCCUGCCACCCUGGCAUGACCCCACAGUUAACCUAAAUGCCAAGACUCACGUUUCCAUCCGCUGCAGUGACCCCAACAUCAUCUGCCAGACGAGGAUGCUGGUGCCAGGGGAGCCUCAGGAUGUGUACUUGAAAGUGCCAGGGAGUCCCAGUCCACACUUAAAAAUGUUCUUUGUGAUGGUUUUUACUGAUAAGUGGAUGGCGGUUCCCUCCCAGAUCUGGCAGAUUUACGUGCAUUUCCUGGAGCGGGUGGAUGUCAGCUGUGUGACUGGCCAGCGGAGCUGUCAAUCACUGGUGCUGAAGGGGAAGCAGGCUGUUCGCAAGGUCAAAUGUUUCUCAUCACACCCCCAAGAGAUAGAGGUGGACCCAAAAGGUGUGUUUGUUUUGCCUCCAUCAGCAGUGCAGGAGCUCCAACUGAAGGUGCAACCAUGGCGAGCAGGCAGCCGCUUCUUGUAUGUGAAUGCAGUGGAUGUGGAGCACCGGCGGCUGGUCACCGCCUGGCUGCUCUGUCUCAACGUCCACCGGCCCGUACUGUCCAAGGCUUUUGAAGUGUCUGUCCCAGUUGGUGGUGAGCGAGGCAGCUCAAGGAAAAUCACUUACACCAACCCCUAUACCAGCAGCCGCAUUUUUCUGCUCCGCUCUGACCAUCCAGACCUGCUCCAGUUCAAAGAGGAUAAAUUCCAGAUCGGCGGGGGAGAGAGUUACACCAUCGGACUACGAUUCGCCCCUAGCCAAAGUCCUGGCUCACUGGAGAUACUGGUCUACGUGAACAACCUGGAGGAGAAGACGGAGGAGACGUUCUGUGUGAAAGUCAACUACUCAUGAACUGAUGAUGUGUUUUUCAAACAGCGAGUACAAACUGCUUCUGGAAAUGUUGACUGAUACAUGUAUAUAUCGGAGUAUGAAAAUAACUCAAAUGAGUAUAAAUGAGCUGUUUUUCUACUUAUUGUGUUUGAUUUUGUAUUAGAUCAGAUUCAUGACAGAAAUAAACUCUCUUUCUUCAUA